GCGGUAUAACACAUAACCCCGGCGUUAUCCAACCUUUUUCAAGAAUUCCAGGCUCUGGAAAGAAUCGUUAAAUCCUGUUUGUGUGAGCAAAUCUGUAUACAUAACACUUUUCCAAUUAUUUUUCUCAUAAAGCAUUUUUUGUGAAUGAAACAUUUGUCAUUAUCAUUUCGUAUCUAUCCAGAGGAGUAAAGAGACUCAAAAGUGAAUCUAAAACAUCUAUAAAUAAUGAUGCUACAUAAUGCAAAUGUAAAGUUAUGCAGACUUUGCGGCAAAGAAAAACUGCAAGGCACAGAUUUAUUUACAGAUAAAAUUAAAGGGACUGUUUUAAUCUCUAUUAUAAACAAAUAUUUCUCAAAGGAGGUAAUGAACAUUUCAAAUUCUGAUACAUUCUCCAAAUAUGUUUGUAUCGAUUGCGAACAAAAAAUUUGUACAUUCGAUGAGUUUUAUAUAAUGGUAGCAAAUGUACAGAAACAACUUGCUGCUCCGUCAUUGGAAAUUGAUUUUACUGAGAGUAUGCUAUGUCAAUUGAAAGCAAAUGAUACAGUAUCGAAAAAUCCUUUAGGAAAACAAGGUUCAAGAAAAAGCAUAUGUCCAAUAUGUGCUAAAAGCUUCAGGUGUCAGGCACAUUUGAAUAGACAUAAACGGAUUCACACAGGGCAACGACCGUUUAUUUGUAAUAUUUGUAGAAUGUCUUUCAAUCAGCAAGAAAUAUUGAUGAAACAUAUAGAAAGGCACGAAGGGAAAAAACAAUUUCAAUGCGCGAAUUGUCAUCAAUCGUUCCGUUAUAAAGUAUCAUUGAAGUCUCAUAUGAUAAACUUUCACAUGGAUGUGGAGAAGUCUGCUAAUAAUCAAAAUUUACAAAUAGGAAAUAGUUCGUUUACUUGUUCAGACUGUGGUAAACAAUUUGUAACAAAAUAUAAGCUACAGAGACAUUCGCGGUGUCAUACAGGAGAAAGACCUUAUCAUUGCAAUUUUUGUAUGAAAACAUUUUCGCAAACUAGUAAUUUGAAAAUGCACCAGGUGAAGUAUCAUCAGUUACCCGGUUCUUUGACCGAACUGAGAGGGCAGAUUCAAUAUACUAAUCAGAUAGUUAAUUGUGAUGUACCUGUAACAUUAAAUAAUUAUAAUACGGUUAAUAUGUCUGAGACAGAAUUGCAGAAUACAAUAAAUGAAACGAUAAAUUCUACGGAACAGAGCGGUUCAUACGUAUCGAAGAUUUAUGAAAAUCCGUUGUACAUCGAUGACGAAAUUGAAACGAUUUUAGAUCGCGAUCUUGAUCAACUGGGACAAAGCAAAUACUCUACUAACUUGCAGGACAAAGUAUCUCUCUGCUUGAAACAACCGGAGACUCCGGAAUUACUACACAGUUUACUGUACGAUGAUGGAUAGUUCUAACUAUUUACGCGAUUUAUCAUUAAAUGUCUGUUUCUAACAAUAUAUGCAUGUCCAUUUCUAUGAAUUCUCAUAAUGAUAUACUAACAUUUAGAACAAAUAUUAAUGCACACAGCUUUACGUGUAUAGUUUUAGAAAGCAGUACGAAAAUCUGAUUGUCAAAGAUGUAAUUGACAAUCGAUAAAAUUAUAUAUAUAAAACAUAAUUUCCAUCUUUCACUAGAACUUUAUCAAAAUACAUAUUAUACAUUUAUAGAUAGUAUUUUUCCUAAUUAUUAAUUAUAAACGCAAUAAUGCAUUUAAAAAUGCCACAUAAUUUAAGUUUCUACGCCCCGCAUAUUGUUACAAAAAUCUGUAAAUAAUCAUAUAUUUUAUAUUUUUGUUGGUAAAUAAAUAAUUAUACGUAUAAA